GCCAACCAGCAGGAAUUUGAAAAAAACAGAAACUGAGAAAGUAAAUCCGUUCGCGCGCCUGUUUUUGAAGCAAGAUUUUUUUGUUGUUGUUGUUGUUGAGGUGGCGGGAGAUUUGUCUUUUCGCCGUGUAAGUUAGCGGAUCGCCGUCGCGGAGCGUGUCCCACCAGCGAGGUAACGCGUCGCAUGUGGAUCCGCUGGAAACCCGCCGCCUCCUCGUUCUGCUCAGGUUGCCAGGCCGCCGAACCGCGCCUCCUCUACCGUGUUUCUGAACAUUUAGGCCGCUCGACCAGGCGGUUCAGCGGAAACUCGAGCUCUGCUUCUGAGUCUGACACGAUCAUGGACCCGCUGGACUUUCUGACUGACGAGCAGCUGCUGCAGAUUUUCCACUGUAAGAAGACGGAGAUGUCGUGCAUAGAGCAGCCGCACACCUUCCUCAACCAGCUCCGGGACCACGACCUCAUCCCCGAGGACAAGUACAAGACGGUGAUGAGGUCGAAGACAAAACACAACCGGGAGAUGAGGAUGUAUGAGAUGCUUAGCUGGUUCGAGAUAAAGCGACCCGAGCGCGUGAAUCUCUUCUGGAAGUGUGUGUUCAAAGACCACAUCCUCCAGCAGUACCAUGUCCUGCGGCUCCUCCGGAAGAGCCUUCUAGACGGGUCUUUCUCUUUUCCUGAGAAACUUCCAGAGAAAGAAACAACACCAGAGGACCCCGAGGUGUCUUCAAAGAAAGUGAAGAAGGCAAAGGUGGAAAAAAAGAAGGGAGAGAAAGGGAAGGAGAAGGAGGCAGCAAAGAAGAGGAAGCAGAAUGGAGAAUCUGGUGAUGAGGAGGAACAGCCAAGCUGCUCAUCGCAGGCCACGCCCACCAAGAAGAGGAGACUCUCAAAGCCUACUUAUCGGCCUUCCUUAACGAGGGGUGAAGACGAGAACUUCUGGAACUGGCCAAUAUACAAGACUCAGCUGCCCGUUGUCUGCGGUGACAAGACUGGAACUCUCUAUCGAGACAAGCUGGCUAAAGGAGAGAAGUGCAUCCUGACUGAGCAACGCUGGUUGAACCCAAACGAAUUUGAAGUGCUUGGAGGGAAGAAAAGCUGCAAGAACUGGAAGACAAGCAUCCGCUGUAGGAACACCACUCUGCACACACUGAUCCAGGGAGGUCAUUUGAAAUGUGCAAACUACAAACGACGACGAAGACAGAGCAGCCAGAGUCACCAGGGGAGGAGACUCCACUUCCCCUUCAGCCAGUCAGAAGGCUCCACCUCAGUGUCAGACUCAGAAUUGGAAGAGGAAGAAGAGGAAGGACAUCAGCAAGCUGUGCAGGAGAACACGGGGGAGACCAGUGAUACAGAUGCACGGGAGAGCAGUGGUGCAGAAAGCCACGAUGAGACGGAUAUGUCCGUUUUCCAAGGAGACUGUCUCUCCGUCACUUGCGGGUCUGCCGAGGGGACUCUGUAUAAAUACCGCUUUGCGUCAGGCAUUUGUGGAAAGUGCAUUCGAACAGAGGAUAAGUGGCUCACGCCUGAAGAUUUUACGAAGGAGGACCCAACACUGAGCAGCCCCCACUGGAUGAAGAGCAUUCAUUGCCACGGCACACCUCUCAGCUUUCUUAUAAAGAAGAGGAUCCUGCAAGUCCACUCCCUCCUUUGCAAGAGUGACUGCUGUAGCCGUCAGCAGGAUCGUUUGAAGGAGCAGGAGAAUGACGAUGAAUGCUUUAUAUGCUGCAAGGAAGGCGACCUUCUCUGCUGUGACCAUUGUCCCCGUUCAUUCCACUAUCUGUGUCACCUGCCCGCUGUAGAUAAGGACAUUCUGGGGGAGAAGUGGAUGUGUACAUACUGUGUGCUGAAGCAGAGCCAGCAGUGGCGAUACCCGAGCCAAAUGACCUUUCAGGCAGCUCUGCAAAGUCUCGUCUCGGACUUUAUCCUGCACUGCCAGUAUCUCCUGCUGUGCCUGUACAAGGCAGACAUACAGCAUGUGUUCGCACCCAACCCCUGCCAUACAGUGACGGGUUACUCCAGCUUCAUUAAGCACCCUAUGUGGCUGGACAAGGUUGCUGAAAAUUUGGAGCAGAAGCGCUACAGUACAGUAUCCCAGUUUUACUCUGACAUCCUGCUGACCUUUGACAACUGUGCCAAGUUCAACAGGGACAAUGACUUUGGAAAAAUGGGCGCCAAACUCAGGAGCUUAUUUGAAGAGGAGUUUCACAAAAUUUUUGGCAUACAAAGCAACUCAGAACCUUGAGUAUUUGGCUAGAUUUUUAUUUUGUAUAACAUGUAAGUUGAUGUCAUGAUAUCCGAACCUACAGAAGUACAGUCCUCCUUGGUAUUACAGAUCAGACCAUCAUUGUAAAUCUAGAAUCUUCCAGCAAACAUUGAGAACUUUUACAGCAGACGCAUCCUCAACUCUUCUGUAUAUAAUUGUCCUAAUCAGGUUUCAUACUUUUUAUGAGCUGUACGGAAAUAAGACGUGCAGUUUUCCCAUUUUAUGGCUGAAGCGGUUCAAGUUACGGCUUUUUGAUUGAUUUUGCAGAUGAUAAAUGAGCUUGAAAGGGGUCCGGAGCCUAUCCCGGAAGGACAGGGCAAUAGGAUAAUCGGGGUACGCCCUGUUUGGACACCAGUCCAUCGCAGGGUAGCCGCACACAAAGUCACGGGCUACAGGCAAUUUAGAGUCAAUGUUUGCCGUGAAAUACAGGUCUUUGGUCUUUUGGAGGAAACACGUGGAGAACAUGCAAACUCUGCACAGACUGAGCCAGAUCUGAACCAACACAGCAUAUGGGCUAUGAGGUAGCAGCACUACCUGCAAAGCCACCAUGUUGCCCUCUGCCUGCUUUAAGUUAGUUUUAAUUUUAACGCGGUUCGGAAAAUGUUAAAUGUUGGCAUUAAAUUGUCUUUUAAUAUAGCUAUACGUGAGAUUUUUACAGAACACUACCCAUCAAUAAAUCUAGAGACAUCUAGGCUUUCAUUGUUUGCGUAGAUGAUAGAUUAAGCUGAAAGUGGCCUGAAUCUGAUGAAUGUUGAACAUGUUGAUGGGAUUAAUUUGCCAGCAGCAUUUUAUUGGGGAUUGUGGUGAUUAUGCAUUUUUUUUUUUUUUACUUUCUGUAGCUUUAAACAAGUUUAAGCUUUAUUGAAACUCGAAGUCAUGUUUUGUUUCCAGGUGUUAGCCGUCCAGUGCGACCCUACACUGGACAAGCAGUUAUUGACUAUGGAUAAAUUGAAGUGUUACAGAGUGUUUCAUAUAGCUGUGUCUGAAGUUUAUGUAUAACCUUAUUUGUAAAGUGGAGGGAUUUCAAAAUUAUGUGCCCUGCGAUGGACUGGUGUCCCGUCCACGGUGUAGCGACCUUAGCCUUACGCCCAGUGCUUCCGGGAUAGAUACCAGUUCAGCCUGCUCAGGACAAGUGGUUCUUGAAAUUGGAUGGAUGGAUGUCUGUAUUAUUCAGCUUCUGCUGACUGCAGCUGAGUAGUAGAAAUGGCUUUGGAGCUACAAACAAAUUGAGUUAUGAAAAGACUUCCAGUCCCAAUUGAGGACUCAGUCUAUUCAAAAUAAUUACUGAAAAGCCAUGGGGCAUUCAUCUAUUUUAACUUGCAAUGCAAAAGCAAUAUCCAUCUUUUUUGCAUAUUGCAUUUGCAUUGCAAGUUAAAUCAGAUCAAAUUAAUUUUUAGCUCAUUUGAAGGUCGUGGUUUAACAGGGACAGCUGAGAGAGAGUUAUGAAGGCUCAUUGAAACAUUGGAGGAGUCGGCGUCAAGGCCUUGAGACUCAACAGCAAUAUUAGGAUCAGUUUCUGUUUAAUCUUUGAGUUGUCGCUCCUCAUUGUUAGUAAUUAGUUUUGUGAUGAAUUCUGAGUGAAACAUAUGGAACAGAGGCAAUGGGCAGGGCAACGGCGUUCAGGUGGUGGAAGAUUUUGAAAGACAGCGACACAACAGUGACUAAAGACAUUCGAUGAUGGAGUGAAAGAGCCUCAGGCACAAAGCGUGUUUUUGGUUGGCAGGAAUUUUAAAAUUGUCAGACACAUUAUUUUAAACUAAUUUCUGAGCUUAACAUGUAUGUACUACGUUUCACUUUUCAAUCAUCUCACUUUAUGUUUUAUUUAGUUAUUUGUGCCUAUUACAGGUAUUCUUUACUUUCUGAAACAUAAUUUCAGGAUCUUUGGUUUGUGGUGCCUCCAAGAGAAACUGUUUUCCUAUCUACAGCUACCAAGCAACCAGAGAAGGUCACAGUAAACCCAUGAAAUAUCCCAAAACCUCCCUUCAUCGCAGUUUAUUGUACUUGUUGGAGAUUCUAUUCAGUGUGCUCUCAUGUUGGUGAA